CCUGCUACUUUUGGCUUGGCUUUGCUGUGAAGUGACUGAAUUUUUGUAAACAAAUCAUUGGCACCACUAACCAAUUUCAAUAUUUUUGGCCACGAAAGCCUCGCGAUUCGAUUUAUCUUGUCUUUGAUCGCUCAAUUUAUCGUAGAAAAAAUUUCCUGUCAAUGAAAAAACGACGGCGGCAAAUUUACAAAAAAAAUCGAUCAAAAUUCAAUGUUGGCAUUUGAUCAACAACAACAAUUCAAACUCAUCAUCAUCAUCCAUCAUAGGAUGUGUAUCAUCUCGAAUGAUCAUCUACUACCACAACCACCAUCACUAUUUUUUUCCAAUGAAUACAAAUGGGCAACGUAAUUUUAUUUAUCGUUAAGUUUUACCUAUCCAUAUGGUUCCUACUAACAAUUUCUGUAUUGGUUUAUGUUUGUCUUUAUAAUUGGCUAAUACCUAGCUAUGGUAUUGAUGAAGCAAUUUUUUUUCAUCAUGAUGUAGCUUGUACACAAAUGUUUACAACGUUAUAUAAUAAUUUAAAUCAUCAUCAACCACAGCAUCAAUACUCAUCAUCUUCAACAUAUCGACCAUUGCCAUUACCACCAUCACAACAAAAACAAUAUGAAAAAUAUGAACCAUCAACGGCUCUAUGUCAAAAUGUUUAUUAUGAUGUUCCAAAUAAAAGUUAUCGUCAAUUUUUCCAUAGUGGACAUGUAUAUUAUUUUGAAUUACAUUUACGUAUGCCUGAUUCACAGGCAAAUCGUAACCUGGGAAUGUUUAUGAUCCGAUUACAAUUAUUUGAUCAAGAUGAUAAUGAAUUAUUUGAAAUUUAUCGUCCAGCUAUUCUACCAUACAAUAGUUGGUUAUUAUCCGCGGCGAAAAUGAUUGCCUAUAUCCCGCUAUAUCUUGUUGGUUGGUUAACUGAAAUCUAUUCGAUACAGGUGAAAUUAUUAGAUGAAUAUGCUGAUAUUGAACGAUUGGAUUUUUCACUUAUAAAUCAUAUACGAAUCGAAAUUGAAACAUUAAAACCGAUUGAAAUUAUACCGCCAAGUUUGUUGAGAAUUAGUGUCCAUUUACAAGGUAUAAAAUAUUGGAUGUAUUUUUGGCCUAUCACAACAUCAUUGGUUAUUAUUGGUCUGCUGUUUGCAUUUUUAUUAUUCAUUUACUUAUGUUCCAUAUUACGACGGCCAAAAAAACGAAGAAAUCAAUCGAAUGAAAAUAAUGAUCAAGAUGUUGAUGAUCGUGUUGCACAAUUUUUCAAUGAUUCAAGCAUUUUUGAUCAACCAGAUUCCACGACCACAACGAACAAUCAUGAUUGUCAACAUCAUUUAUUACAAGCUAGAUCUCGUUCACGAUAACAAAUUUGAAAUGGCCUCGUUUAAUUUCCGGUGCGCUUUAACUCCAUAUUUAUAUUGGUAUUAUGUCCCAAAAAAAAACAAAAGACAAACCAAAACAUACACAUACAAUAGUUGUGGUGAUGAUAGUAUUAUUUGCCUGUUGAUUUUUUUUUCUACGUAAAAAAUGGAUUUUGUAAAUCAAAUGAUUAUGUAAUUGUUAUUUGUUUUCUUUCUCUAAUUAACUAAUUAAUGCCAAAGUUUUGUUUAAUAUUAAAUUAUAUUUUCUCUUUUCUUUUCUUUGAAUGCCAAAAAUAAAAUAAUGCUCAAUUUACUAUUCA